AUGAUUCCUAAAGGUAUUAAAGCACCACUGGGUGAUGUAAAAGAUAAUAUAGAUAAGACUGUGGAAUAUGUAUUGAAGAAUGGUGAGUCAUUUGAAGAAAGAUUGAAAUCCAACCCUGAAAAGUUCCCCUUUAUUGUCAAUGGUGAUGAAUUUUAUCAAUAUUAUGAAUGGAAGCUAGGUAGAUUACCUCAAGAUAAUUCGAUCAAAGAUGCUUCAAAUGAGCUGUCCAUACCUGUGGAGGAAGCUAAAGAAGAGAAAGUGGAAGAUUUGGAGUUUCUUGUCAAUAAAGGUACCAUACCUCCCAUAGAUUACGAAACUAUGAAAUUAUCAGCGUUAUUUGUAGCCAGAAAUGGUCCAAACUACCUAAAACCUUUGCAUUCACAUCUUUCUGGAAGUCGACAAUUCGAUUUCUUAUCCCCAAAUCAUUCAUACCAUCCUUUAUUUAAGCAACUUGUCACUCAAUAUGAAAAAACAAUAGAUAUAAUAUCAAAUCCCCAACCAUUACCUAAGAGAGAUUUAUUCAAAGAUAGUUACUUGAGAGCAAAAUACAGUAAACGUGAUAAAUUGAAAGAAGAAAGUGAAUCCCAGAAAUUCAAAGAAAGACAAUUACAAUAUGCUUCUAUUGAUUGGCAGGAUUUUACUGUAGUUGGAAAGAUUGAAUUUAAUUCUGUAGAUCAAGUGAUCGAAUUGCCUGCAUCCUUAAAAAGAGAAGACUUGAUAAGAAGAUCCUUAGAGGAGAGAAGCAAAGGUUUGGAAUUGCAAAUACUGACUGCUCCCGCCCCUGAGGAACCCACUGUAGUGACAGAAGAAAAGGAAGAUGUUGUUGAACCAGUACCAAAAGGUAUAGUACCGGGAAAAAUAAGAUCAGCCGGAGAAUCAAGAUUAAAGAAAACCAAAACUAAAACGAUCAUUUGCCCUAUAACAGGUAAGCAUAUUGAAGAAUCAAAAUUCGAUGAACAUCUUAAAAUCCUAUUGAGAGAUCCGAACUAUCUGGUUCAGAAACAAAAUUAUAUCAAUAAAAAUUUUAAAUAUGGUAGUAAUUUGAACGACGAUGAAGUUUAUGAAAAUAUCAAAAGAUUAACUAAGAAAAGAUCUUUAGAGUAA